AUGUUAGGCUUUGGGAAGAAAUCCGAUAGCAACGCUUCGGAUGAAGCUCGCCACAAUGAUGAACCAUACGUGCCGGAAGAAGGCAUCCCUCAGCGACCUUGGAUUGAAACAGCCCUCCCUGUGUUCGCCUGUGGUGCAGGUCUCUUCUCAGACGGCUACAUCAACAACGUGAUUGGUUCAGUCAACACCACACUGAGAAGGCAAUAUGGCGAUGUCUAUGUCAAAUCGAAUGCUUUCAAAUACGUCUCCGAUAUUGCCUUUGCAGGAACCGUCGUUGGCCAACUAGUUUUUGGGUUCCUUGCUGAUCAUUGGUCGCGAACCAACACCCUCAUGGUGUCUACUGUCAUCCUAAUCAUCUUCACUGCUUUGGCAGCUGGAUCGUACUGGCAUGGGGAGCCCGUUGGGAUGUUCAACAUGCUCACCGCAUGGCGAUUUUUUGUCGGUAUUGGAAUCGGAGGCGAAUACCCAGCAGGUAGCGUCGGAUGCGCAGAGUCCAGUGGUCAAAUGAAGAAAGGCACCAGAAACAGAUGGUUCAUUCUUUUCACAAACUCGAUGAUCGACUUUGGUUUUGUCAUUGGCGCCUUUGUGCCUUAUGUCGUUGCCGCCGCAGCCCACAACGCCAAUUUCGGCACUAUUUGGCGAACAAGUCUUGGUAUCGGAGUUGUGUUUCCCCUUGUGUUGUUUAUCCUACGACUGAGGCUCAAGGAGCCUGAGGAAUUUGCAAAGCAGUCCAUGAGGCGUCAAACACCAUACUGGUUAGUCUUGAAAUACUACUGGUUCAGACUCUUUUGUGUCAGCCUGGUAUGGUUCCUCUACAAUUUCUCUUCAUACGCCUUUGGUAUUUACUCUUCAUCUAUCCUUUCCGGCAUCUAUGGCGACGACGCACCCCUUACAACCGUCUUCGGGUGGAACACUGUCGUCAACAUGUUCUAUCUUCCAGGAACCUUGAUUGGAGCUUUUGUCAGCGAUUGGAUUGGUCCUCGAUACACCCUCAUCCUCGGAGUAACACUUCAGGCCGUUGUCGGAUUCAUCAUGGCUGGCGUUUAUGAUAAGAUUUCCAGCCAGGUCGCCGCAUUUGCAGUAGUAUUCGGCAUUUUCCAAGCCCUUGGUGAGCUAGGCCCAGGAAACAACAUCGGACUCCUAGCAGCAAAGACGUGUGCCACUGGAGUGCGAGGCCGUUAUUACGGCAUUGCAGCUGCAGUUGGUAAGAUUGGCGCUUUUGUUGGAACAUACGUAUUUCCCUACAUCCAGGCUGCCGGAGGAAACGAAACUCAAAGCGCACAGUACCCCUUCUGGGUGUCGUCCAGUCUUUGCAUUCUCUCAGCACUUAUCGUCUUCUUCUGCAUCCCGCACAUCGGCCAGGAUACCAUUACCAUCGAAGACCAAAAGUUCCGCGAAUAUUUGCAAACACAGGGCUGGGACACGGCUCAGCUGGGUAUCGAUACGGCUGGUAUUGAAGGCACGGCAGUCAGUGACUCCAAGACUGACGAGAAGUGA